CAAAAACAACAUCAUGGACGAUUUCAAGUUGAACGCUGCAAAAAUGAUCGCAGCUCAGCAAAAGCAGCGUAAUGGAGCCAGGUCACCAGAGUCCGAUAGCAAUUGGGACAGCUCUGAGCCAGAGAAUACCCUGCCCAACAUUAGCUCAGAGGAGGACGUUAGCACUGUAUCGACCCACAGCAGGAGAAGAGAAAAGAAUGCAACACCAAAAGCACCAAAGCAACCCAGCAGUACUAAACACCAGUCACAAACUCACCCACAGGGCAACAAACCCGUCAUGCCUCACCAUCUCGCCAUCAACGGAGAACAAUCUCCAAAGAAGUCUUCACCUGCGUCCAGCAUGAGAAGUGGACAAGGUGGAAAGGCGACGAAGGCUGGUGUCAAUGUGUUUGUAGACCGCGGUAGCGUAGAUUCAUCAGACGAUGAUUUCUCCGUCGCUAGCAAGAAAUCAGUCCCAAGAAAGCCCGAGAGACCACCGUUUGAUUUCAGGAAUGCAAUAACUGAACCACAGAGGGAGGACGUCGUCAAAUCAGAGCGACCGGGCAAAAGCCGGAAAGGAAAAGUUUACGACCCGUCCCCGGAGAAGAUGAACCAAAGCAUUAAUUCAGACCAGAAGCAGCUCAUUGUGGACACACCAGACGGUAAACCCAAAAAGAAAAACUGGAAAGUCAACCUCGGGUUCCAGUCGACAGAGAACGACGCCACGAUGAAUGACAACAACAACUUGAGUUACUCACAGCGGGACAUGGGGAUGUUGACAACAGCCAUGUCGUCAGACGUGGAGCUCAAGAAGAUGGAGGGGAGGAUGAGUCAGAUGAGCGAGAAGGAUGCAGGGGAUGAUUUGGGGAAAUAUGAUGAGGCGGGGCUCGAGAACUCACACUUACUCAUCAAGGAAAACACUCAGAGAUACAUCUACCGUUACAACCACGGGAGUAUGAAGUACUACGACACACGGACUGGACGUGAGGACAUCUAUAUGACUGCUAUAGCUGACAAAUCCGAGAAGCUGGUGCGCCGUUGUGCGAGGGAGGUCUUCGGUGCGCUCCGCAUCGUCGUGGACUUCUUCCUCAUUUUUCUUUUGGAGUUUCUCCGCUUCCUUGCGUACAACAUCAUAGGACUUUUCCUCGUUGGUCUUCUCACAACGUUCGGCGACUACCUCUUCAAGCCUGUCCUGGCUGCCCUUUUUAACAGUAUCCUUCAGCCUGUAGCGGUGUUCUUGUACAACACGGGCGUCGCCCUACAGACAGUAUUCAAACCCUUGAUUGACAUUUUGCGCGGAGUCUUCACGCAGAUUGCUAUGCUUCUGAGAGCAUUGAGGCUCGUAGAGAUCAACUGGAAAAGAGGGCCGGAGCAGAAUACUCUUAGGAGCAUGGAGGAAGUUUGACUCCUCAGGGCAUGUGCUUGAGGGAGGAGAUUUGUUGGGUUGGACAUAUUGAACAAAGAAAAUAUAAAGACUGGAAUUGGAACCUGUGAGAUUAACGUGCCGUCCCCUUCUAACUGAGCUAUUAAGCCCAGAGCAGAACACUCUUAGAAGCAUGGAGGAAGUUGGGCGCUUGGGGGAUGAGUUUUGUUGGGUUGAACAUGUUGACAAAGAAACCUGUUGGGUUAACGUGCAUCCCUCUACCAACUGAGCUAUUUAGUCCUUACAUUGGCGGUCUCCCUAUUUUGUUAAAAAGGGCCGGAGCAGACCAUGCCUAGGAGCGUGGAGGAAGUCUGACUUAUCCAGGGCAGGGUGUCUGAAAAAUAAGUCUUGUUUGGUUGAACAGAAAAAUGAAAAAGAGUGGGAUUCGAACCUGCGGCCUCCAGAUUAACUGUAACUGCAACCUUCAGAUUAAUGUACCAUCGCUCUACCAACUGGAACAGAGAUCCUCAGCGUUGGGGAAGUUUUACUAUUCCACGGCAAGACACCUUAGGGAUGUAGGGAUUCCGUAGGGUUGAACCUGUUGAACAAAAAUAUACAAAAUUGACUAGAGCGGGAUUUGAACCUGCCACCUACAGACUAGUGGGCCGAUGUCCCAGGAAAAUCCGUCCGCUGGAGAUUCUGUCCCCCAUUACGAAAUGGACCGUUCCGGCUUUCCACUAAGCUCCGCCCACCGCGCA